AACACUCGACCCCUUCCUCUCCCUCUCACCUGAACUUCAUUCGCAGUCUCCAUAUCCCUACUCCCUGUCUUCUCUCACUACUCAUUCUACACACCACUCAAUCUACAAUGCUCCGUGGCGUUCGUCAUUUGUUUGAUCCCACCAUCACCCCUGGUAGCUGGGAAGGCCAGUCUAUCAGACUUGAAGUCAUCAGCGGCAAAAAUCUCAAAGUUGCUUCCGAGCGCAUUCCCGCAUGCAUUUACAUAUUCCUCAAUGUCGACCCCAGGAGACGCUGGAAAUCGAACAUCGGAGUACUAGCAUCAGAUGGAUCUGUAGCGUGGGGCGAAAUCGUGACCAUAUCAUUAGAUGCGUCGCCUACGUUAUCAUUCGAGAUCAGGGCUUCCUUCGAGCUUGACCACAUGCUGGGCAAUGGAGAAGUUGUUGGAAAGCUUGAAACAUCGUGGGAUACGCUGCUUGAUCACGGAAAUGAACCUUUCGACAUCUCGUUCCCGUCCGUUCGUGGUGUUCAUCCUUCCCUCACACUAAAGGCCACUGUCCUACACGAUUGCGACGAUCAGGACAGCGCACUGCGUGACUCCAUCGUUGAAUGUCAGAUUGCUCAAGACACGGAUGUUGGCCAUGAACGAUUUGCCACAUACGUGACAAGCAAGACGGUCUCUCACUUGAACGAUGCUGUGAAGCAUUUUCAAUUUGUCCUGGACCAAUGUCCAGUCGGUCAUCCUCACCGGGCAGCGGCUCUCACCAACCUCGCGUGGACUCACCUUCAAGGCUACAUUCGAAAGAAUUUUCAAGACAUCGACUCUAUCACUUCUCUCUUCCGCGAGGCCCUUGCAUUGCGUCCGCUGGGCCACCCCGAUCAUCCUUUAUCCAUCUAUCACCUCCUUAAAGCGCUGAUCUGGCGCUACAGCAAGGAGUGCACCGCCGCCUAUAUCCACGAAUCCGCAGAACUGUCCUGCAAGCUAUUGCCGCUUUGUCCAGAGGGCACCUACCUUUGUAGCAUCGCGGCAGGGGCAAAUGGCGUCGAUUAUGUGAUCCGCGAAUGCAACAAUCUUCCAAUGGACGCAUCUGAUGAAGGCAUCCACCUUCGACGAGUUGUGCUCGAGCUCUGUCCUCUGGGCAACGCGCACCGUCCCAAAGCACUCGAGAAUAUUGCAUGGGCUCUCAGAUCACGCUUUCAACAACGCGGCAGCAUUGAUGAUCUAGACGAGUGCAUACAAUGUCGUCGUGAAGCUGUUUCUCUGGGUCCCGAGGGACAUUCUGAACGUGACACCUACCUGAAUAACCUGGCUUUGUCACUUGAUUACCGCUUUGAUCACCAAGGCAACUUAGAUGACCUCAAUGAGGCCAUCUCUUUGUAUGAAGAAGUGCUGGGCCUGCGCCCUGUUGGGCACAAAUAUUGUGAUUCCUCAUUGGACAACCUAGGAGCUGCCCUCCGCACCCGUUUCAACCAACGCGGUGAUGUUAAUGACAUCAUCAGAUCCAUCAGCCUCCGGCGUGAGGCACUGACGUUGCGCCCGCCUGGAAAUCCAUAUCGUGAUAGCACACUCAACAACCUUGCCCUCGCGCUCAAAAUCAGAUAUAUCAAAUUGGAUGCCAGCGAGGAUCUCGACGAGGCCAUCAACCUCCACUGGGAUUCACUUCAGUUAAGGCCGCAUGGCCAUCCAUAUCGCUAUAAAACUCUCUACAGCUUGAGCUCGGCGCUCUGUUUUCGUUUCACGGAAACUUGGAAGAAUGAAGAUAUCGAGGAGGCCAUUCGACUCUCCCAAGAGUCAUUGGAGGCUUUGCCUUCGCUGCACCCGGAUAGAUAUUUCAGUUAUAUGUGUUUGCAGCAAGCCUAUUUGUCUCGUUACCAAGUACAACGCAAGUCUGCUGACUUGUCACUCGCUGUAGAGAACUUUAGGCUGGCAUCACGACACCCCACUCAAGGAUUCCCAGAACGUAUCAAUGAGGCGAUCAAUUGGACUUUUGCGGCGGAGAGUCACAGUCAUGCCUCCACACUAGAAGCCUACAAAACCUGUUUCGAGCUUCUUGAUAGACAUUUGGCAACCCGGUCUUCAAUUGUUGCACGGCAUGAAGCUACUUCUACUUUUCGUCGUGCCAGAACAUUAUCAGUGGAUGCGGCAUCAUGUGCCACGCGCCUUGACAAUCUACGAGACGCAAUUGAACUUGUUGAGCAGGGCCGCGGCCAGCAAUGGUCCCUGGCCUCUCGUCUGAGAAGUCCCAUUGAGGACCUCGAGUCGAAAAAUGCCAACCUUGCUCACGAGUUCUUGGAGCUCAGCAGGCGUCUUUCUGGCGCUCAAGCUUCCGCUGGCAGCGUUGACCGAGCUGCUGCUGAUCGAGCAGUGAUACUGUACAGGAGACUUCAGGAGCAGUGGGGAGCAGUGGUAGCUGAGAUCCGUAAUCUUGAAAGCUUCUCACGGUUCCUGCUCCCGCCGUCGUAUGAAGACUUGCAAGUGGCAGCACAUCAUGGCCCUGUCGUCAUCCUCGUUGCAAGUCAAUACUCAUGCAGCGCCAUCAUUGUCCCGACCUCAGGAAAGCCCCACCACGUCCGAUUCCCGCGCAUCACUCUGCCAGAUUUGGAGACGCUCAAGAAAGGUUUCACUACGGCAAUACGGCACACGGCUCGUAUGCGCCCAGAAGAGCCGAGGAAGAAGUUGCGAGUACUCUUGCGGAUGGUAUGGGACGAGAUCAUGUUACCGAUAGUCAACGUCCUCCAGAAUGACCUGGAAUUGCAGCCUCGGUCUCGAAUAUGGCUGUGUCCGACGGCAGCCUUCACGUCCGUCCCUCUCCAUGCAGCUAACCCCUUUCGAAUGACGGCAGAUCGCUCUGGUGGAGAGCCAUGCCUGGAGGAUCUCUACAUUUGCUCUUACACGCCCACACUUUCAGCUCUUAUCAGAGCUCGGCGAAUGAUGAAGACACAUGCGACUCCCUCCUUCGCGGCAAUUGGACAAAGUCAACCGGGCGCAGGGCAAGGCAGAGUACUCCCCGCUGUCAACGGAGAGCUGAAGCUUGUCCAUAAACUUGUUUCCCCCAAUAUCAAGUUCACCAAUAUCUCUGGUGACGAGGCUACACAGGCAGGUGCACUCGAAGCUUUGCGACGUAACACCUGGGUGCACCUCGCUUGUCAUGGCACGCAAGACCGGAAGCAACCUUACAAUUCACGUUUCGCCAUGAGAGACAAACCACUCACGCUGCUUGAAAUCAUGGAGAACAAUUCUCCGCACGCUGAAUUCGCGUUCUUAUCGGCAUGUCAUACCGCUGUCGGUGAUGAGGAGACGCCCGACGAGGUCAUUCACCUCGCAGCUGGUUUACAAUUUUCGGGGUUCAAGAGCGUUAUUGGCACGCUGUGGGGGGUCACUGAUGCUAUGGCAAAAUACACUGUGGAAGCUUUCUACGAGAAGAUGUUGGAGGAUGGUGGUAUGAUGGACUGUACGAAGGCGGCCUGGGCACUCAACCAUGCUACGAACGCCGUGAAGACGAAAGUGCCGCUAGAGCAGAGGAUGGUUUUCAUUCAUAUUGGUGUGUAGUUCUACUAUGUUAUAUUGCUUUCGUAUGGUAUAGGUUUUCGAGCUGUUGAUUUUCGAUCCUCAUUCAUCCCAGUCAC